GCCGAGUACUCAACGGCACCUUAUAUCCUGCAAACAAGGGAAAUUCGUAUCUCGACUUAUCCACCAUCUACGGAGAUAACGAUGACACAAAUGGAAAACUUCGGGAUGGCCCCUAUCUCCGUCUCAUAGACCGCCCAGGGAAUGGCGGCGCCUACAACAAAGGGCUCAAGAACAUCACCGUCCGUCAAGUUCCUCCAAGUUUUAGCGAGACCAGCUUAGUGGCUGAUUUAACGCCACCUGCUAUAGACGCUAAUGAAGCGUUGGUCAGCGGUGAUUUACGUUGUUCCGAGAAUAUUCAACUAUGCUUGAUACACACGAUCUGGAUUCGCGAACACAAUUAUUGGGUGGACCAAUUGAAAACCCGUCCGGAAUUAAAGAACAACAACGAAAGUCUAUUUCAACAAGCGAGACGUAUCGUAAUUGCCGAAUACCAACGCGUCGUAUAUGAAGAAUAUUUACCUGCCGUGCUAGGUUUCAACAUGCCAUCAUACACUGGAUACGAUGAGACGGUGUAUGCUGACACUUCAACACAUUUUGCCGGCGCGGCGUUUCGAUACGGCCAUUCGAUUGUUCGACCCUAUGACUUGAUUGACGGGUGCACCGGGAAGUCGAUCGUGGUGCACCCGGACUUUCAGUUUCCCGACUCGCAUCCUAACAGGUUUUAUUUUGUGGGCAAGACAGUGGGAUUUCCUGAAAAUGGGAACCCGCAGAAUUUCACGAAACAGCAAUUAGAUUAUACGCCCAUACUGAUGCUGUCAUUGGCAUCGGGGACACACGGUGACGGGGUAGACAAUGUGUUAUUGAGUAUGCUUAGAGGGACGGCAGCGGAGUUUGACUUGAUGGUGACGAGUUCGUUGCGAAAUAUUCCAGGAGUGUCUGAUAUGGUUUCUAUUGAUAUCGGAAGAGGUCGCCUACUGGGUCUGCUAGACUACAACUCCUAUCGAGCUGUCUAUCAUCCUGCUGGAGACAUCUAUGCCAAUUCCCAAUGCGACAUUUCGGCUCCCGUAGAUCCACUCGCGUGUUUUCAACUUAUCACCUCCAAUACGACGAUCGCUCAACACCUCCAAACUAUCUAUGGAAAGGUGAAUCGAAUUGACGCCAUUAUUGGGAUGUUUGCAGAGUCAAAAUCGGCGCCCACCCAACCAUUACCACCGACCAUUUCGAACAUACUGAAGGACGAGUUCAAUAGGAAGCGUGCGGCCGACCGAUUCUG